CAAGACUUUCUUACAGUGAUACCUUUUACUGGACCAACUAUGUUCUGAGUACUGCUGCCGUGAUUCUCUCCUGUGUUGCUGCUGCACUGCCUGUGAGUUUCAGCAAUCAUUAAAGCUGCUUAACAGAAUGACUUCCUGUUCUGUUGUUCUCGGGGCUCCUGUGCGAAGGGUUGCUAUCUUUGGAGGAACUCAUGGCAAUGAGUUAUCAGGGGUAUUUCUGGUCAAGCAUUGGCAAAAGAAUGGAGCUGAGAUUCAAAGAUCAGGGCUCCAAGUGACACCAUUUAUUACCAACCCAAGAGCUGUGAAGAAAUGUACUAGAUAUAUUGACUGUGACCUGAACCGUGUUUUUGACCCUGAUAAUCUUGGCAGAAAAGUGAUGGAAGAUAUUCCAUAUGAAGUAAGAAAGGCUCAGGAAAUCAAUAAUUUAUUUGGUCCAAAAGGUAGUGAUGUUGCCUAUGACCUUAUUUUUGACCUUCACAACACAACUUCUAACAUGGGUGGUACUCUUAUUCUUGAAAACUCCGGGAAUGACUUUAUAAUUCAAAUGUUUCAUUAUAUUAAGAACGCUUUGGCUCCAGAAAGCUGUCCUGUUUUCCUGAUUGAGCAUCCUAACUUGAAAUAUGCAACAACUCGAUCUAUAGCAAAGCAUCCUGUUGGUGUUGAAGUUGGACCUCAGCCUCAAGGAGUUCUUAGAGCUGAUAUUUUGGACAAAAUGCGGAAGAUUAUCAAACAUGGUCUUGAUUUUGUGCGCAUUUUUAAUGAAGGGGAAGAAUUUCCACCAUGUACAAUUGAAGUUUACAGAAUAAUAGAGAAAGUAGACUAUCCCAGGAAUAAAAACGAUGAAAUUAUUGCUAUUAUUCACCCUUGCCUACAGGAUCAAGAUUGGCAGCCAUUGAACAAAGGGGAUCCUGUAUUUUUAACUUGUGAUGGAGAAACCAUUGCAUAUGAAGGGGAUUCUACAGUAUACCCAACGUUUGUGAACGAGGCUGCCUAUUAUGAAAAGAAACAAGCUUUUGUGAAAACGGUCAAAGUAAAGCUUACUGCAAAAGGCCUCAGGUCCUCUUCAUCUUAGAAGUAGACUAUUUUAAAAGAUUAUUGAAAUAUUUCAUAAAUACAGGGCCAAAUUAAUUGCCAUCUACUUCAUGUAAUCCAGCUGAAGUCAGUGGGGAUACAUGAAGUAUGACUAUAGAAUAUAACCCUUAUUUUUAAAUUACAAUUCAGUUAAUAUUGCUAAGUACUUUUAAAAUCCAAAGCAGUCACAAUUUUAAGUACUACUAGUAUUUAUCAAUGUUUAUUUGGUUCUUUAAGUUACAAAGCAUAAAAUUUAUUAAUUUAUAUAGUUCAUUAUUUCUUUAAUAUUGCAUAACUAUGUCUAAAUAAUUCACCAAAAUUAUGUUUCCCCAAAUACAAUAAAGAAUUGUGUGAUUUGAGGUCUACAUUAUUAAAAAAUUGCACACAUUAUCAGGAGAAUGUUUCACUGAGUAUAAGUUAUGAAAUACAAUGGAAACCAGUCAUAAUUAUGCAUUGUCUAAUUAAUGCGAAAGACAAAUAUAUAAAAAACUGAUUUUUAUUGAUUUACGGCAAAUGUGUUUACAUUCAGUUUGUUUUAAAGGGAUCAUUUUUGGUUUAUCUGCAUAUUACUAACAAGAAAUAUCAAUUCAGAUGCUUUGUGUAUGGCCUCAUGGGUCAUUUUUGUGUUGGGUCCAUUACAGCAGUACUUUCAAAGUUCUACUCCCAAGAGUAAAAAUAGUCAGGGAAAUAAAACCAAAACAAGGUAAUGGCAAAUGUCACCCCUUUAUAAUGUACCCAUAACUGAAACCCACUGCAAGACUUCUGUUUCAAGAAUUGGAGAAAUCUAGAAUUAACAUGUUGAAAAACACAGCAGGUGUAUGGGGAGAAAGGGCAGGAAAAGAAAUUUUAAGUUAAGCAUUUUGGGUAAAACACAAAAACUAGGCGGAAUGGUACAAAUAUGAUGAUGAUUAUCCCAAUGCAGGAAAUACUCCUCUUGGGCUUGUUGUUCAUUUUUUAGCCACUUAUUUGUGAGGUUAUUCAAGGUUUGAAAGCUUACUCAUAAACCAAGUAUUCCUAAAACUUGAGAACUCUGAACUGUGCUUAAAUUGAAAUACAGGUGGAUAUUUCAUAUGAGCCCUGAAAUAAAGGGCGGAUGAUAUCUUAUGAAGUGGGAUACAUUGCGUUUGGGGUAUACAACUACGUUUUUUCCCUUCUGUGCACUGGCUGCAAUAUGGCAUAUAUAGAAAAAUUCAGAACAUUUUCUUCUUUGAUUAUAACUCUACAUUUGUUAACAAUGCUUUACGUGCUAAGGCCAUAUGCAGUGCUCCCAGAAAUCUUGUGUUCUUACCAGUGUCCUUAUUUAGGUAACCAAAAUAAAUAAAUAAAUAAAUAAAAUUAAUGGACCAAAAAGUAUGAUAUUUCCCUUUUCCUUUGAGAAGUGAUCUAUUCCUUAUCCACUGUUGCCAACCAAUAUCCUUUAUCUUUACCUUGUGUUCCAACUCUAACAUGAAGGCAAUAAUACAACACAAAAGAGCCAAAGAUGACAGAGAAAAUUAAAUAUUUAUUAAAUUAUCAUGUUUUGUCUUUAACUUUAAAUAAAUAUUAUAUAAAAAAGAACAGAA